AUGAAAAAGAAUAAUGCUAGGAAAUAUGAAUGUCCCAUCCCGAAGUGUGGUAAAAGCUACGGCAAACCAUCCCUUUUGAGGGAACAUGUAAGAUCACACAACAACGAACGACCAUACGCGUGCCCUGAGCCUAACUGUACUAAAAGUUUCUUGAGAAUAUGCCAUUUGAAUGUGCAUAAGUGGUCUCACUCCAGCAUCAAACCACUUACAUGCCACCACUGCUUCAAAGGAUUCACUACAAAACAACAAUUGUCACGACACGAAAAGACACAUACGAAAGACCGCAUCCUCUCCCACGAGUUGUCAACUUCAGACAAGAUAGAACCUUUGCACAUACGCACUUCUUCCGAUACUGGUGGUAGUGAAACACCCUUCAAUUGUGCUUAUGAGAAUUGUAACGAUAGCUUCACAAGUGGAUGGAUGUUAAUGGAUCAUUUACUCGAAAAACAUCUCACAAGUGUAAUUGAUCCAGAAUUCGCCGACUCAGAACCACUUUGGUUGUCGAGUACCACUAAGCCUGAAAUCAGCAGCGAAGAACUGGAAGCACAUCUAAAGAGAUACGAAAUUGCCUUAAGCAAGGAUCGUAAGGAAGAAGCGGAAUUGUGGGACAUGCUUCGUUGUAGGCAUCAUGAAUGUUCUGGCUGGUCCGCAAGCUCAAGUUCCGCUUUAAUAGCGCACUACGAAGAGAGGCACGAUAUUGUACCGGUUUCUUUAUUACAAUAUGGUUUUCAAGAUAGUUACUGGUUUCCAAAAGAGUGA